UCGUAGUGAAGUUUUGGCAACACCAACCGUUGGUGUAUCCGGGUACGGUAAUUGUCAAUCCACGCCAACAAUGGGGCAUGAAGCUGCGUGAACGGACAUACUUCCAUUAUCUCUUUCGCUUCCAUGUCGAUGAUUUCACGGAUGGGGCCUCAAACCUUGCGUGAACCCUUCGAGCUCGCUUUUGCUACCAACAUCACGGAAGAGCUACCCACGUUUCCUUGAUAUAGUAUAAAUAACAUGCUACGAGAGUCACAAUUUCUUCCCACUUAAACCAUUUGCACAACAUAAGAGCACCAAAUUGGCAAGGGCUGGUCAGCCAGCCUUUUCGUUCAUCGCUUGGGAUGCUACAAUUGGAGCAUACAGGAAAUUGGAAGACAGUACAGUGGUGACAAGCAGACAGGACGACUUGGUCAUCCUAGUUGAAGCGGCCUAGGGGCGCGUGCGCGACGACCAAACCCGCCAGCUCAGAGCCUUUUACACAUCACUACAUAGGCACGUAAUUGGGCGGUCGUCUUGCUGCUGGCGAAGAUGGCCGAUGUACCCAUCACAGCUACGCAAGGCUACCAGCCGCUGACACGGAUGCAGGAGAAGGCAGCCCAGCUGCGUCAGGAGCUGGACGCCAUCUCCAAGGCGGAGCGGCACGCGCAGUUCAAGCGCCAAGUGCCGCAGGCGGGCGCCGUGCCCAGCUCGCCCUCCUCCCGGCGCUUUCCCCGUCCGUCCACCAGCAUAGGCCACUCGCCCUCCACCACACACAUCAGCAUCUCCGCCUUCGCUGCCGGCAGCACCGGCGGCGCAGCGCCCUCCCCGGUCAGCGGCGGCGGCGGCGGCGGUGCAGCAGCUGCUGCCACGGAGCGCCCCCCCUCCGCCUCCGCCCUCACCUCCCGGCUGUCCUCCCGCCGCGCCUCCACUGCCAGCGGGGUGGCAACGGACGCCUCAGGGGACGAGCAGCCGCAGGCACAGCAGCAGCUGCAGCGGCCUGGAAGCUCUAGGAGGUCCCUGCUCGCGGCUCCCCAUGGCGCAUCCUCCGGCGGCCUGCGUCGCGGUGUGCGCGCCUCCCGCGGUGCCGGCAUGCGCGAGAUGGGCGACUACGCGGCCGCCAUCAGCCGCCAGAACCAGCUGGAGGACAUGGUGGCGGAGCUGGAGGACCGGGUGCGGCUGCUGUCCUCCGACAACGAGCGGCGCCAGGAGAGCUACAUGCGGCGUGAGGAGGAGCUGCGGGGGCAGGUGGCGGCGCUGGAGGACCAGCUGCGGGUGGCGCGGGGGGAACGGGCGCAGCACCCCGUGUUCGGCAAGGCGGCAAACAACAUACGCGAGCUUCACUCCCAGGUGGUGACCCAGAUCGAGGGGCUGCUGGACGCGCAGGAGGCGGCGCUGCGGUCCGAGGAGCAUUCCACGCUGCGCCGCUUCACCACGCGGCUGGGGGAGCUGGAGGCGGUGGUGGCGGCGGAGAAGGGGCGCGCGCCGCCGCCCGAGGAGGCGGACUCGCUGGACCGGGUGCGGGCGCUGCGGCAGGAGCUGGACAACAUGCAAGCGAUUGCGCAGGUACUCGACAAGAAGCACGGCAUCCUGGCAGACGAGAACGCCCGCCUGCGCUCGCAGUUCAAGCUGCAGGAGGAGGACAGGGAGUACCUGAUCAAACAAACCGUGGCGCUCAAAAAGGAAAACGCGGCGCUCCGAAACCAGCUAGCAGCCGCCGUACAGGAGGUGACGUCACUCUCACAGGAGCGGGACGAGCUGCUGGCAGCGGUGACGGCGGCGGGGGGUACGACAGGCGGCCCCGGCGGCGGCUUCGGCCUUGGCGGCGGCAGCAUCCUCACUCCCUCCCCUCGACCUCUAUCCUCCCGCAGUGCCGCCGCCGGAGGCGGCGGCGGCGGCAGCAGCACCAAUAGAUCCGGAGUAUCAGGGUCCUUGUCGGCAGCCGCCGCCGCCGCCGCCGCAGGCGGCGGCUCCGCUUCCUCCUCCCAUGACGCCGCCGCCAUCGCCAUCAAGAUCCAGCGCUAUGAGGACGUGAUUGACAGUCUGAAGCGGCUGCUGGAGUCGGAGCGGCGGCGCACCAAGCAGGCGCGUGCGGCGCACACGCUGGAGCUGCAGCAGCGGACGUGGCUGCAGGGGGUGGUGAGGCAGUGCGUGGAGGACGUGAGGGAGAAGCGCAAGGCGCUAGAGGCGGAGGCCCACCGCGAGCAGCUCUCAGUCGACCGCGCCACCGCCCGCUCCCGGCCCGUCAGCGCCCUCCGACCCCCGCCGCCCUCCGCAGCCGUCGCCCGACCCCUCUCAGCAGCCCUCCGAGCCCGACCCGCUAGCCCCGCCAUCACAAGAACAAACACCAUGGCUGCAUCGGCAGCGGCCGCAACGGCGCGAAGUGCCCGCGGCGGCGGUGGCAGCGGCGGCGGGUUGUUAUCGUACGACAGCGGCGGCAGCGGCGCCUCCGCUGCUGACGAGGACUGCCCUCCUCUCAGCCCCUCGGAGCGCGAGCAGCUCAUCUCCUCGCUGCUGUCUCAGGAGGGGGUGCUGCAGGCGCUGUUCGAGCGGGCCUUCCCCGGCGUGGCUCCGCACCCGCCCUCCGACCCCUACCUGGAGCGGAUGGCGGCCUGGCAGGAGCAGCGGGAGGCGCAGGUGGUGGCCAAUGCCAAGGUGCUGGCAGCUGCCAAGAACGCGGUGCUGCCCCCCGCCACGGCCCUCAAGGAGUCCACCCCCGGGGGGCUGCUCAUCAAGGAGGUGGCCACAAGGCCCUGGAUCCUCAACGUGGAUGCCAUGCUGGCGGAUUUCCUGGGUGGGGGUGUGGGAGGCGGUG